AUGGCAGUCCUGGCCAAGUCGAAUGCCACAGUGGCUGGGCUGGUGGAUGCCAUGAUGGCGCUGCGGGGAAUGCCGGAGGAAGUGGCUGCUCUGAUCGUGGUAGGCCUCCCUCGCGAGGCCACGAUCGACCUCUACGGCUGGCUCAUCGCUGCCGCUGCGCUCGUCUUGGACUCGCAUCCGGAGACCGGCGCCAGCUUUGCGCUGCCGAGCCCGGUGCCUGCCGCGGUGGUGGUUGCGCUGGCGCGGCUGGAUGAAGUGGCUGCAACCAGCGACGACGACGCGGCGGCAGCGGCGGAAAUGGCGGCGGGAUCGGGCUCGAUCCGACGCGACGCCGUCGUGGCCCAGCUUGGGGCGUGGCUCCUCGAUGAGGAGUGGUACAAGGUGCCUAGCGGGGUGGUGGAUGGGGUGGAAGGCAUCGGGCGUGACGUUCUCGGCGCGCGGGUCUCGGCGCUUCUGGUAUGGAUGCUGACGGGCCAUCUCCCGGCCGCGCAGUGCCGCGAGUGGAUUCCGCGGUACUCGAGCGCGCGUGACGGACGCUCGUGCUUCCACGUGGCGCGGACGAUUGUGGCGGCCGGGCCAACGCUUGUCUUUGUCUGCACCCGGACUGGUGUGGUGAUUGGCGGCUACGCGCCAAGCUCAUGGCGUGCGCCGGGACCGUCAUUCUAUGGUACUGGCAACGCGUUUGUGUUUGCCUGCUCGCCUGCGGCGACGCAGCUCGAGGUGUGGCACGCCACCGGGCGCAACGACCACUAUCAGUACUUUAACCACGGGACGCAGACGCUGCCCAACGGGCUGGGGAUGGGUGGGCAGCUCAAGUUCUUUGGCCUCUUUGUGGACGCCUCGUUUGAGACCGGCGAGUCGCGGACGUGUUCGACGUUUGGCUCGCCACAGCUGCACGGGGCCGACGCCGCGAGCGCGACGUUCGAGCUCGUCUCGCUCGACGUCUACGCUGUUGACCGCAGCGCCAUGGUAGCGGCGGCUGAGGCUGCGGCCGAAGCCGCGGCGGCUGGCGAUGGCUCGGUGCUGGCUGGCAACAAGGAUGUGCGGGCGCUGCUGGAAAUGGCUGGCGUCCGAAUGCACUCGGACGGCAUACGCGAGCUAGACGAGGACGCCGAUGCGGCGCGGGCGUCGGGGUGAGCCGCAGAGUUUCACUUGCUCACCACAUGAGCGAGACCUUGGUCGGUGAGACAAUCGAGUUUGAGAGCGUGUCGUCAGGCGAGUGGACAGGGGUAGGAAAGGCGGUGGCGUCGUGGUGUGCAGGCGGAGCGACGGCGGCGGCAACGGCGGACGGCGGACGGAGCCAAAGGCGGACCGUGCCCGAGUCGUCGGCGGUGACGACGUGAUGGCUGGUGAGGGCGAGGCCAGUGAGCGGGGCGGCGGCGACGUCGUGAGAGAGCGUCGGCUCCAGGACAAGGAGGUCGUCCAUGGGUGCGGCGGGCGUGAGCCAGUCCUGGGCAAACGGGCGGUUUCGGAGGCUGCCUGCGGCGUUCUCGACCACGGCGUCCAUGUCUGCGGCCGGCAGGUCCCACAUCAUAAGCAAAGUAUCUUGGCCGAUGGAGAGGAGGCGGUAGGCGCCAUCGAGCGGGGCCGAGUCAAAGGCGAGCGCCGACGGCCACGACUGGUGCCCCAUGCAGCGGAGGACGGGAAGCCCUCCGCCGGCAUGCGGCAUGUAAAGAGUGAUCAUGUCGUCCUGCCCACCGGCGGCGAGAAGGACCGAGUCCGGUGACCAGGCGAGGCACUCGACCGAGCCAAAGUACGAAGCCCAGCCCGCGAGGCGCUUGCG